AGGAAGUAGAAAAGGGGAAAAGCGCGUCGGUGCUGUAAACAGUGUUUGUACCACCAGCAGUCAUUGUACAGUGUUAGGUUCGAUUUAUAAGGGAAGGUGUAGCAAUGAACUCGUAUGUUGUCUUGUUUCUUUUCUCAUUUAUUCGCUUAUGUGUAACAGAAAAGUACGUUCUGGACGAUAGGCUCGGGCUGGGAAGACAGUUUGAUGGUAUAGGAGGGUUAAGUGGAGGAGGGGCUACUUCGAGACUUCUGAUCAACUAUAAAGAACCUUAUCGAAGCCAAAUACUGGAUUAUUUGUUUAAGCCUAACUUUGGUGCUUCACUACACAUUCUUAAAGUGGAAAUAGGAGGUGAUUCCCAAACCACAGAUGGCACUGAGCCUUCACACAUGCAUAACGAGACUGAUGAGAAUUACUUUCGUGGUUAUGAGUGGUGGCUAAUGAAGGAGGCCAAGCAGAGGAACCCAAACAUCACACUUAUCGGUCUGCCCUGGGCUUUUCCAGGAUGGGUUGGUAAUGGAAGCAAAUGGCCUUACAACUUUCCAGACAUUACUGCUAACUAUGUUGUGUCUUGGGUGAUUGGAGCCAAACAAUAUCACGGUCUUGAUAUUGAUUACAUAGGGGUAUGGAAUGAGCGGACAUUUGAUUCGAAGUACAUCCAGGUGCUUCGAAACAAGUUAGACCAAGCUGAUUUACCAAACAUAGGCAUUAUCGCAGCAGAUGGGAAUUGGGACAUUUCCAAUGCCAUGCUUGUUGAUCCAUAUCUCAAUGAUGCUGUUGAAAUUAUUGGUGUUCACUACCCUGGAACCAUGACCGUCAAGGAGGCACUGUUGACGGAUAAAAAGCUUUGGUCUUCUGAAGAUUACAGCACGUUUAAUAAUGACAUCGGGGCAGGAUGCUGGGCUCGUAUUCUAAACCAGAACUAUGUCAAUGGCAGGAUGACGUCGACUAUCUCGUGGAAUCUGAUAGCAAGUUAUUAUGAAGAUCUGUCUUUUGGUCGAGAUGGUUUGAUGACUGCAGAAGAGCCAUGGAGUGGGAAUUAUGUGGCGGAAACCCCAAUAUGGAUAACCGCUCACACUACUCAGUUUGCACAACCCGGCUGGACAUAUCUCCAGACCAUAGGAAACCUCACUCGUGGUGGAAGUUAUGUAGCAUUAACAGAUGGCCAAGGGAACCUCACCAUCAUAAUAGAAACCAUGACUCACAAUCACUCGCAGUGCAUUCGGCCUCCGCUUCCUCCUUUCAGCGUUUCACCGCAGGAAGCAACAUUUCAGCUCAAAGGCUCCUUUGCUGCAGUCAAUGGGCUCCAGCUGUGGUACUCAAAACUGGAUUUCAAUACCAAAAAAGAUGUACUAUUCAAGAAGGCUGAUCCCAUAAAGGUUUCCAAUGGAUGUUUUACCUUGAAACUGGACGUUGAUGAAAUUUACACCAUCACAACUGUCACCACUGGACAAAAAGGCCUCUAUCCCAAUCCUCCAGAUUCUGCUUCAUUCCCCAAGAAAUACUUUGAUGACUUCAAUGUCCAAAACCCUCCCUUCUCAGAGGCCCCGUAUUUUGCUGAUCAGACAGGCGUGUUUGAGUACUUCACAAACCUUAUGGACCCAGGGCCACACAACUUGACUUUACGGCAGGUGGUCAACCAGCAGCCAGUUUCGUGGGGUUAUGAUGCAGAUCAGACCAUCAGUAUCAUCGGAGACCAUGGCUGGCAAGAUGUAUCUGUCUCCUGUGACAUUUACCUUGAAACUGAGGACGGUGGCGUCUUUGUUGCAGCCAGGGUCGAUCAAAGCGGGGAAUCCGUCCGAAGAGCCAAGGGUGUAUUUUACUGGGUUUUUGCAAAUGGCACAUACAAAGUGACCAAUGAUAUAGGUGGAGAAAAAGUGCUUGCUGAAGGACUGUCAGGGACAAGACCGGGUAUAUGGCACACGCUCACUCUUAUAGUAAAGGGUAAUUAUGCUUUCGGAAUGCUGAACGGUUUUCCUUUAUGGAAGAAUGCUGUUGUUCUUCAGCCUAAGAAUGGAUGGGCUGCAAUCGGGACUUCCUCAUUUGAAUUUGCACAAUUUGAUAACUUUCUGGUGGAUGCAGACUGAUUUAGUUAAAUCAAAUACACAUUCACUAUGCACUCAUGCUGUCCUGUCAGAAAUAUCGUAAUCACAAGAUGAACGCACAUCAGUACCAUUACAAUGUCAUUAAUUAAACUUAGAAAAAUACAAUUUCCCAUGAACCCCAGCUUUCUGGGCUGGGAGUGUGUAAAUGACAAAACGUCACUGUAUAGCCUUCAGUAAGAAGAUGGUGUCUAUAACGGAUGGUAAGGUUUAGGUGGUAAUUUUGCAUGAUCUCUGUGAGUUCUUUAUUUUCUUUCAUCGAUGCAAAAUGAACUACUUAUUGUUGACAAUACAAAAAAUAAACAAAGACAAAAGUUUUUUCACAUAAAUUUGCAACGCAUAAACCAUGCUAGGCGCAACAUGAUGAUGUAAAAUUGCAUACCUACAACGUUCACCUCUUGGGUAGUUUUACUGGAUAAAUUUUCCUAAGCUGGAGAGACAUUUGUGUUUAAUAAUUAAUUGUGAAAAUAUUGAUUCUCUUUAAUAAUAAAUCCUGUAGAUUAUUUUCAUAUACCUUA